AUGAUUCUGGCCGUUGUUUUUCUAUUCGUCCUAACAGGAAUCGCUGCCAAACAUUACCAGUAUAUUCAGUUGCCGAUGAAAUACCGCGUCAGCUAUGAUAAAUCGGUGGAGACGACGACUGACGAUGUCUACGAAUGCUCGGAUUACUGUGCAAAGAACGAGGUUCUAGUGUUUUAUUACUACACGAAUGGAAGUUGUAUUGCCAUUCGCAGUGUGGUCAGCUAUACGAUCGAAACGAGCGAUGUGCUAGGUAAUUAG